CGUCGACGACAUCAUUCUUCACCAGUUGUCUUGCAUCCACCACCGAAUAGACCUUUCUUCUACCUGGUUUCAGGCCAAGGUCGCCCACCAAUUUAGCUUGCCUCCACGGUUAUAUCUACACAGCCCAGCUGAAGUCUAUACCAACAAAACAACUGCCCAUCAUGAAGCCCGUCGUUAGUGCUAUGCAAGCCUGGUCUUGCGUAAUCAUCUCCGUCUUCGCAAUCAUCAUCCUCUCUAUCCUCGGCGGUCUUUACCGAAACAAUCACCACGAGUUCGUAGGCGGUACCGAAGAUCCCGUUGACGGCAGUGCGGUUGCUGGUACCGUAUUCACCGCCGUUGUCGUAUACGCGGCCUUCUUGGUGUUCUGCGGCCUUCAAGGCUUGUUGCACCUACGCGAAAACCGACGGGGCGCCAUCGCCCUAUCAUAAGCAUCAACUUGGACCAUGCAUUGUACGGUAUUAAGACGCGGGCGUUACGGAUCAUGAUUCACCUCGAGUUCGUUUAGAGAAGAUAUUAGGCUGCGGUAUUUGCGGCCGUUAAGGAUUUUUACAUAGGACAACAAUCGUCCGCAGACUUUUGCUGGUGACAGCCGCCACAUGCCAUUGGGGCGAGGCUGCGCUUGUACGAGUAAGCACGGAGGCCGAGUUAGGG